AAAGCAAAGUAUCUUCUUCAGCUGAAGAGGUUGAUGGCAGUAAUUACGAUGUCUAUCCGGAUAUCAAAUAUGAACGGUGGAACCCAAAUAUGGAUAUUAACGCAAAAACCUACCUGGAUGCAUGGAAUGUAUUAGAAUAAAUUACCGCUGAUUUGCCCUCGAAAGAUCAACAGCCCACUUCACGGAUGAGGUCCGAGACACCCAUAAGAGAGGAGGACUGAGCAGGCCCCUCGCCAGCACGGCUCUCCUCUGGAGAAGCCCAGGUGCAACAGCAGCAGGGGCAGCUUUUCCCCAUCCAACUCCCUAGGACCCAAAAAUCCUAAACUCCACAUUUCCUGUCUUAGUGGGUCCCCGCGAGCGUUCAAAACUGUUUCUCCAACGCUUCUACCAAAAACUCAGACUGUUUUCCAGAGCAGAAGCAGCGGUUGGGCCCAGCUGCUCCUCCUCCCAGGGGGAAGCCAUGGGGAGCGUGCGAAGCCACCGCUACAGCAUUGUCUCCUCCGAGGAAGACGGCAUGAAGCUAGCCGCCAUCGCCGCCGUGCCCAACGGCUACGCCAACGGCACGGUGGCCAAGGUUCACACUGCGCAGCAGCAGGCUGUGAGCCGCUUCGUCCAGAAAGACGGCCACUGCAAUGUGCAGUUCAUCAACAUGAGCGGGAAGGGCCAGCGUUACCUUGCCGACCUGUUCACCACCUGUGUGGACAUCCGCUGGCGCUGGAUGUUGAUCAUCUUCUGCCUGUCCUUCCUCCUCUCCUGGCUCUUCUUCGGCUUCGUCUUCUGGCUGGUAGCGCUCUCCUACGGCGACCUGGAGAACGAGACGCAGAUGUGCGUGUCUAACGUCAACAGCUUCACCGCCGCCUUCCUCUUCUCCGUGGAGACACAGACCACCAUUGGCUACGGCUACCGCUACGUCACCGAGGAGUGUCCCGUGGCCGUCUUCAUGGUGGUCUUCCAGAGCAUCUUCGGCUGCAUCAUCGACGCCUUCAUCAUUGGCGCCGUCAUGGCUAAGAUGGCCAAGCCCAAGAAGAGGAACGAGACACUGAUCUUCAGCCACUACGCUACGGUGGCCAUGCGGGACAGCAAGCUGUGCCUGAUGUGGCGCGUGGGGAACCUGCGCAAGAGCCACCUGGUGGAGGCCCACGUGCGCGCCCACCUCCUCAGGUCGCGAACCACGGCCGAAGGCGAGUAUAUCCCCCUGGACCAGAUGGACAUCGACGUGGGCUUCGACAGCGGCGUCGACCGCGUCUUCCUGGUGUCGCCCAUCACCAUUGUCCAUGAGAUCGACGAGGACAGCCCCUUGUAUGAGAUGAGCAAACAGGAGCUGGAAACGUCCCAGUUUGAGAUGGUGGUGAUCCUGGAAGGUAUGGUGGAAGCCACGGCCAUGACCACCCAGUGCCGCAGCUCCUACGUGGCCAGCGAGGUUCUCUGGGGCCACCGCUUCGAGCCAGUCCUGUUCGAGGAGAAUAACUACUACAAGGUGGACUACUCACGCUUUGAGAAAACCUACGAGGUGAGCAGCACGCCCCAGUGUAGUGCCAGGGACCUGGCCGAGAAGAAGUCUCUGGUCUCUUGCUCCAACUCCUUCUGUUACGAGAACGAGGUGGCCCUUGAAAAAGUGGAGAUGGAGGAGACGUUUGACGAGGAGAAAGAGGAGGAUGGGGAGGAAAAGGAGGAGGUAAAAAUGGAGGAUCAGGUUGCUAUUGAGAACGCAACACUGGAGGAGACAAACACAGACACAGUCUCUGUACAUUCUGAACACAAUCAGGAGACCAGGAGUCUGACGAUGCCUUCAGAAGCAAGGCCUCUAAGACGAGAAUCAGAAAUAUGACUGCAGAGAUGUUAGGGGGAAAAUACUACAUGAAAUACUAUUAUGAUAGGUUUGACCUUUGCUCCUAACAGCUGUCUGUACUACUGCAGGAUGGCUUGACUGUGAGGUGAGUGUCAUUUUCUGAGGAAGACACUCAGGCACAAGCGAAUACAGAAUUAACAGACCAGAGAAAAUGAUGCAAUAUUAUUUAUUCUCUUUACACAAGUCCCUCAUCUGGUGGGAAGCGAUGGUAGAUUGACUGAGAGGAGUUGAUGGCUCUUCUGGCCCGUGGCACUAUAGGAAUGAGACGGGUUAGGUAGCAUUUUAUACAGUGUGUGUGUGCGUGCGUGCGUGCGUGCGUGAGCCUUUGAAAGUUGCAAGAGAACAUUGGAAAGUUGUCACAUUGAGACACUCCACACGAAAAAAUUAUAUAUACCUAUACUUUAGAAGUAUUACUAUAUUUAUAUACUAUAGUAUUUACUGUAGUGUUUUCGUGGAUCUGUCUGUAGUAUACUGUAGUAUUUACUAUAGCGUUUUUCUAGACAUUACUGUAUUAUACUGUAGUAUUUACUAUAGUGUUUUUGCAGACAUUCCUGUAGUAUUUACUAUAGUGUUUUUGCAGACAUUACUGUAGUAUACUGUAGUAUUUACUAUAGUGUUUUGCAGACAUUACUGUAGUAUACUGUAGUAUUUACUAUAGUGUUUUUGCAGACAUUACUGUAGUAUACUGUAGUUUUUACUGUAGUGUUUUGCAGACAUUACUGUAGUAUACUGUAGUAUUUACUAUAGUGUUUUUGCAGACAUUACUGUAGUAUACUGUAGUUUUUACUAUAGUGUUUUUGCAGACAUUACUGUAGUAUACUGUAGUAUUUACUAUAGUGUUUUUGCAGACAUUACUGUAGUAUACUGUAGUUUUUACUAUAGUGUUUUUGCAGACAUUACUGUAGUAUACAGUAUAGUAUUUACUAUAGUAUUUUGGUUUUAUUCUCUUUUGUUAUCUGUCUGUGGCACAAAUUGGGGUGUGGGGGAAGGGAAUGUGCAGGACAUAUGCAAAUGCAAUAUUAGCAUACCAAUGCAAUGUGUACUGUAGUAUUCUACAGUAUUCAAAAAAGUAUAUAGUAAGCACUAAAUCAGGGUUCCCUAAUUAGUGGCCCUCAGGCCGAAUUUAUUUGGCCCCCCAAGUUUUCAUUAUUUAUCAUUUUCAUUGUUGGACAUAAAAGACUGUAAAAACACCAGGAAAUCUAUUCCCAUGCGUAAUAUAUAUGUGAUCUUAUACAAAUAUAAGCAAAGUUUGAAAUUGUUCUGUUUUAGUCAAAUAUUAUAUAUUUUUGGUGCUUCUUGCGACCAAUUUGUAAUUAUGUUCCUGGCCCCCCGACUACCUGCUCAAGAAAAAAUCAGCCCGCAGCUGAAUCUAGUUUAUGAUCCUUGCACUACAUGAUCGAGGGAUACUACAGUGUAUAGUAUAGUACUCUACAUUAUACUACAACAUUCCGUAGUAAGCACUAUACGAUCAAGGGAUACUACAGUGUGGAGUGCAGUAUUCUACAGUAUACUACAGUUUGCUACAGUUUAAUCGCUGUAAACGCAACAACCAAAGAGAUGUUUCUAUUUGCAUAUUUUGUAAAUAUGAGCUGCCCCGAUAUUUUGAAUUAGCUUAGUGAAUUAGCUUAGUGUUGUUUACUUGGACUAAUUAAGGGUGGCUGGAGAGGGAUAGUGUUUGUAGCAGGGAAGGAGUGUUGUAUUCCCAAUCAACCAGCCUCUCCUAUUGUGUUCUCAACUUUCCAAAUAGCUGUGGAAAUAUAGGAAAUGUAUCCAGAACAAAGGGAAGAGAUCAUUUUUUGUGUAAAAGAUUGUCUCAGUUAGAUUUCAAGAGAUGUAGCUACAGCAUGUAGUUAUUUGUUUCAUUUUACUGUUGCACAGUUUGACAAUCUACAAUUAUACACAGCUUAAUCUCCGUACAAAAAUUAUAUUUAAUUUUUCACCCUUUGAAAAUAAUCUUUGAAGAUUACAUGUAAUACCACUAAUUUGGCCACAGUUUUCCAACAGGUCGUCUUCCUCCAUAAAAACAACCCCCAUCUAUGUGUGGGGUGUGUGUGUGUGUGCGUGUGCGUGUGUGUGUGUGUGCGUGUGUGUGCGUGUGUGUGUGUGUGUCGUGCAUGUGUGUAUCUAGCGCUGCAUAGCUCAUAUUAGUGUGGUACUGUACAUUAUGCUUCAGUCAAUCUUCUUGUUGUCUUAGUACAGAUGUAGGAUCUUAAUUUGACCGGUAUUGUCUCAGGAAAAUAAUCCUGCAGCAAACAGAUUUGAGCAUUUAGUCUUUUUCGCCAAUGUAAUGUUGCUUGAUCAGUGGUUAGGCUAUUAGCUGGCCAAAGUUAGGCUACAUGAAAAGUGCAAUACUGAUAAUAUGUUAGUGUGGGUUUUCAGUGAAUGUAUAUAAAUCGCCAAGCUCAUCUGCGUUCCUCCAGCGCAGUAAUAUUUUCAGCGGCAACAGAGUGGUCAAAUUAAGAUCCUACAUAUUUAUAGCAUCUUUUGCAACGUGAGCCUUAACUCAAGUCUCAGUAACAUGAGCCAUCACUUGAGAUUUGGCUUUAAAACAGCUCACAGUGCAUGAGGUGUCAUAUAAACCAGCAGGAAGAUACAUCUCAACGGUCCAGGGAUGUCUAGUACAGGGGUUCCCAAACCUUUUUGGCCCACAACCCCAUUUUGAUAUUUUGGCCCACGACCCCAUUUUGAUAUUUUGGCCCACGACCCCACCAUGUGAAAAAGGUGAUGUAAUCAGCGGCCAAUGUUUACUUUUUAAAUUUGGGCUAUGACAGUCUAUUACAAACCAGUCUGACAGGACUUUUGAAUGCAGUAUAGUUUGAAGUGACUGAAAUGCAUCAUAAAGGUAUUGGGAAGUUCAGAAGAUCAUCAGGCAACAAUUCUGUAUGAUCUUCUGUGUAGAAAAUAACAUUUCAUUGACGAUGUUCUUUUCACCCAGUCUGAUUUAGUGCCUGGUCUUGUCGUAAUGAGUCCUGCGCUGAUUUUGGUCAGAAGGAAACAUAAGACACAUACAGGAUGUGCUCCUGAGUGUCUUAUCUCUCAGUGAUGGGGUCAUAAUAUUGUGUAGCUUAAACAUUUAAAAAAAUAGAGCCUCAUUUGUAGGAAGAAAACACAAACCGCUCAGCUUAUUACAACCGCAUCUAGCACCAAACGGAGGUUACUGACCUAACCCCGGUUCUAUGAACCAAGCGCGAUUUAGUUCAUUUAAUUUCAGUUUCUCUCAUGACCCCAUUUUAAAAUCAGGCAACCACACAUGAAGUAGCAAUCCCUACUUAGGUAAACGCUGACCUAGGAUGAGAUGAAGAAGGAUAAGACAGUGAUUUCAUUCAACGGAACUCCCACUGAAUAGAUGUGUUAAAUAGGUCAAUUGAACCGGACCAAAACAAUGGAAUUGCCAUGGAAAUGCGUGGGGGAAAGAGCUGUGGGGGAAAGAGCCGUGGGGGAAAGAGUCAUGGGGGAAAGAGUCGUGGGGGAAAGAGCUGUGGGGGAAAGAGCCGUGGGGGAAAGAGCCGUGGGGGAAAGAGCCGCGGGGGAAAGAGCCGCGGGGGAAAGCUCCCGAGUCUCUCAUUGCCCCCCAGCAAAAUGUGCCUACAUUAAGGCAAUAUUUUAUGUGUACAGUACCUUCAGAAAGUAUUCAUACCUCUUGACUUAUUCCACAUUUUGUUGUGUUACAGCCUGAAUUCGAAAUUGAUUAAAUAUAUGUUUUUUUUUCUCACCAUCUACUAUCCCCCUUCCCCUUUCCCUUACACAUCAUACCUCAAAAUGACAUCUACUAGGUAUCCCCUUCCCCUUUCCCUUACACACCAUACCUCAAAAUGACAUCUACUAGGUAUCCCCUUCCCCUUUCCCUUACACACCAUACCUCAAAAUGACAUCUACUAGGUAUCCCCUUCCCCUUUCCCUUACACACCAUACCUCAAAAUGACAUCUACUAGGUAUCCCCUUUCCCUUACACACCAUACCUCAAAAUGACAUCUACUAGGUAUCCCCUUCCCCUUUCCCUUACACACCAUACCUCAAAAUGACAUCUACUAGGUAUCCCCUUCCCCUUUCCCUUACACACCAUACCUCAAAAUGACAUCUACUAGGUAUCCCCUUCUCCUUUCCCUUACACACCAUACCUCAAAAUGUUUUUAGAAAUGUCUGCUAAUUUAUUGAAAAUUAAAUAAAUAAAUAUCUCAUUUACAAGUAUUCACACGCCUGAGUCAAUACAUUUCAGAAUCACCAUUGGCAGCGAUUACAAAUGAAUUCAUUUGUUAAAAAUUCCACUUUGACAUUAUGGGGUAUUGUAUGUAGAUCAGAGAGACACAAUCAACAUUUGAUCAAUUUACAAUUCAGGCUAAACACAACAAAAUGGAGGGAAAAGUGUGAAUACUUAUUGAAAGCUCUGUAUUUCACCCUGUGUUGAGGUACAAAUCAGAGUAUAUUGUUUGUAUGGAUGUCAACCCCAACACAUGUUGAUGUCAUCUUCACCAAUCAACUGCAUUACAGUUAAAAAAUGAAUUUGACUACCAGCACAGAUUUCUGUAUGCUAGCUAUGCUUAUCAGCUUUAUACGAACGGGAGUUAGCAUUUAGAAUCACAGCCAAAUAUAUCCAAAUCGGACUUAAUCCUUGCGUCAAUCUAAGUAUUUCACCUGUGCGUCUAUCUAAGUAACAUAAUAAACAAAACCACAUCAAAAUACGUCACUUUAAACUAGAGAUACAUUUUUUGUAAGACUGAAAAUCGGUCUUUUCACGAAAACGGCUGUAGCAUCCGAAUGGGUUGGCCUACAAACUAAUAUGACCGUUCUAUGGAAACACAAUGGUGAUCUCCGAUUUGCUCUACGACCCCAUAAUCCCCAUGGGACUUGUCUGAAGUCAGUAAUGCUGAUGUGCCAACAUCUAUCUGUGGAGUCCGAACAGUUUGGGCUACAAACUAAUAUGACCCCACUGUGGAAAGGGGAGACUCUCACCAACACAUCUGAGCAGUUUGGGCUACAAACUAAUAUGACCCCACUGUGGAAAGGAGAGACUCUCACCAACACAUCUGAGCAGUUUGGGCUACAAACUAAUAUGACCCCACUGUGGAAAGGGGAGACUCUCACCAACACAUCUGAGCAGUUUGGGCUACAAACUAAUAUGACCCCACUGUGGAAAGGGGAGACUCUCACCAACACAUCUGAGCAGUUUGGGCUACAAACUAAUAUGACCCCACUGUGGAAAGGGGAGACUCUCACCAACACAUCUGAGCAGUUUGGGCUACAAACUAAUAUGACCCCACUGUGGAAAGGGGAGACUCUCACCAACACAUCUGAGCAGUUUGGGCUACAAACUAAUAUGACCCCGCUGUGGAAAGGGGAGACUCUCACCAACACAUCUGAGCAGUUUGGGCUACAAACUAAUAUGACCCCACUGUGGAAAGGGGAGACUCUCACCAACACAUCUGAGCAGUUUGGGCUACAAACUAAUAUGACCCCACUGUGGAAAGGGGAGACUCUCACCAACACAUCUGAGCAGUUUGGGCUACAAACUAAUAUGACCCCACUGUGGAAAGGGGAGACUCUCACCAACACAUCUGAGUUCCUUUGACUCCUUUACCGCAUCUAUGGACGAAUGAAUUGGAUUAGAACACUUGGUUCCCAUCUUUUUUGACAUCAUCUCUGUCUCCUUCUGUAUGUCGGCCUGGGCUUGUGUGUCAGGCCAGACCCCUCAGGAUCCAGACACCCUGAGCUAGAAAGCUGGAAGGGAGUGUGCAGAUGAAUGUAGGUAAUAAAGUGCUGCUAAGUUACAUGUGUACAUAUGGUUAGAAUGAAACGUAGGAGUCCAAAUGUAUUGUUUGUCUGUUAAAAGUAUCCAUUUUGAACAACAGUAAAAAUGUGGAGGUACUUACUUCAUUGAAAACCAUGUAGAAAGACCUGAUUCUAUCAGUGGUAUCAGUUAUCCAAAGCUACAGUGCACUUUCCUCUUCAAGAGAAACCUCCCCCUCCUCCAAUUCCAUGACACUGACACUAGAAACCUUUUAUUUAUUCAGUUUUUGCGUAAAGCCAAAUGUACAUAAAACCUUUGUCUGUUCUUUUUUUUUUGUUGAUUUGAAACCAUCUGUUAUCAUAUAAUGUCGACUACUACUGUGUAUUUAGAUCAGUGUUUUGGCCUUGUCUGACUGGGGACAUUACAAACCUUGUUACUUUGCUGUGUGUGAUUAGUCUCCUUAGGCAGACAGGGUUACCUCCCACAAUGUUCAGUGCUGUUGCCCGAGGUCUGGGAAGACUAGUGUGUGCUGGGUCUUGUGAAGAGGGAGCAAAGCUGUUGUUUUGUCACUUCUGAAAGGACCAGCACUUUGUGUUGUCACAUUGCUUUAAGGCAUGGUGCAUAGAGAACGAGGCGGACAAGUUCUCUUAUCUUUCAGACACAGACAGUGCGGCACACAAAAGCUGAACAGACAGACACACAUACAGGCACACAAACGUACACACUAAUGCACACGCACUAAAGAACUAUAGUCGUACAAAAAUAUGGAGCUUUUUAUUCUGGCUAUAUACAGUAGGCCUAACGAAUCUUCACAAUUUGUUACCGUAGACAUGCACAAAUUCUACUCCGAAUGUACGUUUAUUGUUGAAAUUGUUUGCAACUUGCUCAAAAGUGUCACUUUUUAUUGCCUAUGUCGUUAACAUAGACAAAUACAAAUGUUGUAUUUUUUAUUGUUAGCAAAUUCUUCAUAAGAAAAUGUGUAUGAGAUGAUAUAUAAGAGAAUGUCCAUGGAGGUCUGAUACACAGAGGUUGUCAUACGGGGAUGCCAGAGUUUGUGUGUAUUGGGUUGUCAUACGGGGAUGCCAGAGUUUGUGUGUAUUGGGUUGUCAUACGGGGAUGCCAGAGUUUGUGUGUAUUGGGUUGUCAUACGGGGAUGCCAGAGUUUGUGUGUAUUGGGUUGUCAUACGGGGAUGCCAGAGUUUGUGUGUAUUGGGUUGUCAUGCGGGGAUGCCAGAGUUUGUGUGUAUUGGGUUGUCAUACGGGGAUGCCAGAGUUUGUGUGUAUUGGGUUGUCAUACGGGGAUGCCAGAGUUUGUGUGUAUUGGGUUGUCAUUCGGGGAUGCCAGAGUUUGUGUGUAUUGGGUUGUCAUACGGGGAUGCCAGAGUUUGUGUGUAUUGGGUUGUCAUACGGGGAUGCCAGAGUUUGUGUGUAUUGGGUUGUCAUUCGGGGAUGCCAGAGUUUGUGUGUAUUGGGUUGUCAUACGGGGAUGCCAGAGUUUGUGUGUAUUGGGUUGUCAUACAGGGAUGCCAGAGUUUGUGUGUAUUGGGUUGUCAUACGGGGAUGCCAGAGUUUGUGUGUAUUGGGUUGUCAUACGGGGAUGCCAGAGUUUGUGUGUAUUGGGUUGUCAUACGGGGAUGCCAGAGUUUGUGUGUAUUGGGUUGUCAUACGGGGAUGCCAGAGUUUGUGUGUAUUGGGUUGUCAUACGGGGAUGCCAGAGUUUGUGUGUAUUGGGUUGUCAUACGGGGAUGCCAGAGUUUGUGUGUAUUGGGUUGUCAUACUUCCCUUCUAUGUUGCUUCUUCUUUUGAGUCUAUUUUUCUAUCAGAGUCUUCCUAUAAUGUCCUGCACAAACCAGAAGUUGUACAGAUUUUUUUUAUUUUGUGAAUUAUAUUGUAGAUACGUAUUAAUAUUGCAGUUGUUGAUAAUAAUAUUAUUAUUAUGUCUGUGACAAUUUUGUUGAGUCUUUUUCAAUAAAAAGUAACAUAAAUCCU